AUGUGGCUCAUCAACACCAAGACGCUACGUCUCGAGGAGUUCCAGGACUACUCAACAGUCGAGUACGCCAUCCUCUCGCACACGUGGGGCGUCGAUGAAGUGUCGUUCAAGGACAUGAAGCAUAUUUCUAAGGCAAAGAAGAAAGCCGGUUUCGCCAAGAUCUCCAAGACCUGUGAGCUGGCUCUGAAAGAGAACCUGAAGCAUGCUUGGGUCGACACGUGUUGUAUCGACAAAAGCAGCAGCGCUGAGCUAAGCGAAGCAAUCAAUGCCAUGUUUCUGUGGUAUCGAGCCUCAGCUGUGUGUUUUAUUUGGUUGGAGGAUCUUGCUCCGUCGGCUUCGGCAAUCGGGACAACACCGCCUGGCCAAAAGCUUCAUGUUAUCGCUAACAUGGCUUCAUGUAAAUGGUUCAGCCGCGGCUGGACAUUACAGGAGCUCAUUGCCCCCGCGAAUGUCAAGUUUUACGAUGCCAGCUGGAACUUCCGAUUCACUAAGGAGAACAACGCAUCGAUUUUGGCCACUAUCACAACGAUAGACAUCGACGUGUUGAAGAUGGUCAAACGACUCAAAGACGUUCUGGUCGCAGUCAAGAUGUCUUGGGCAGCGAAUCGAGAGACCACCCGGUCAGAAGAUAUCGCAUAUUGCCUUCUGGGCACUUUUGAUAUCAACAUGCCGAUGCUGUACGGCGAGGGGGAGAGAGCAUUUCAACGACUACAAGAACACAUCGUGAACUUGCAUACAGACACGUCGGUAUUCGCCUGGCUGGCGCCUUUCAGACCGCCCCUGCCGACGCAAAGCUUCAGGGGACUUUUCGCAACGUCACCUCAACAAUUCGUAUCUUCUGGCCAAAUCAGUCGCGUGGCGUUCGCCCCGAGGCCUGGUAUAAGACUCGAGAACAAAGGGCACUAA